AUGGAUCUUCCCGCCUUGUUCGAUUCGGGUAGCUUGAAAGUAUUCGGUCUUUGUCAUAUUGCAGUCAUGGCUAGUCCUGAUUUCUUCGAGGGUUCCCAGUGGACAGGUUAUGAAUACUGGUGCUAUCAUUCAUCAGAUGGGCUACGGAGAACUGUGUGGGGUGGUAUAGGCGCAGACAACAGUGAGGUUCAGUUGAACAACUUCAACAAACCGCCACGCAGCAGUGAAAAUCCGAGAGACAGAUAUGUGGAACGCUAUGCAAGGUUUAAGUUGUUGCGCUGGGAUGAUUCAAGGUUUUAUGUAUUGCAGUCGAACUAUUUCCAGAGUGGAGACGACACACACUGCCUAACACUGAGAGUCGAUAUGCUAACAGGUAUAAUUAAGAUCAUUCGCCAUGUCAACUGGGACAACUUCCCAAAGGUUGAUCUUGGAGGGUGUGGUAUCAUAACACCAUUUGGCAUCAUUUUAGUUGCCACCAACCCAGAUUACUGGUUAUAGCUGUGGAAAGUUGAGUGGAGCUAAGCAAGUGACAUCUGUGAAUAGCAAUAGCUUGAAGAAAGCUCUGCCAGACAAAGUAGAAUGA